AUGGGUAGCUUGCAUGUGCUUGUUCCUCUCCUUUGUAUGAUGAGCAGUGCAUUAGGAAAAGCAAGUGUUGAUGAUGGCAUGCAUGUGAAGAUGAAGGGUACCAUAGGAGUUAUUACAUACAACAAUUCCCGUAACGGUAAAGAGGAAAUAGUUGCUGUUAAGAUGGCAAUGGAAGAUUUCUAUCAUUACAGCAAUCAAAGUUUUGGUUUACAGAUAAGAGACUCACAUGGCGAUCCUCUUCAGGCUGCCCUAGCAGCUAGAGAUCUUAUUGAUACACAAAAAGUGGAAGCAAUUAUAGGGCCUGAAACAUGGAAAGAGACAGCUUUAGUGGUUGAUAUUUGUAGCAAAAAUAUGACCCCAAUUCUAUCUUUAGCUGAUGCAACUCCAAACUGGUCAACUUCGAAGUGGCCCUACCUAGUGCAAAUCUCACCUAAUCAGUUUAAGCAGAUGAAAGCAGUAGCAGCUAUUGUACAAUCCUUUGAAUGGUACAACGUUAACAUAAUAUACGAUGAUACUGAUUCUUCAUCCACGAGAAUGUUCUCUCAUCUCUAUAGUGAUCUUAGUGUGUCAGGUGUUCAUAUAAGCAAUGUUUUGGCCAUCCCUCCGUUAAGCUCCUCUUCACUGCCUCAAGAACUAGAGAAACUUAGGAAUGGCUAUUGCAGAGUUUUUGUUGUUAAUUUGUCAGUUCCUUUGGCCAUAAACCUAUUUCAAACAACAAAGAAAUUGAAAAUGAUGGAGAAAGGUUAUGUAUGGAUCGUUACGGAUCCUCUUACAAGUCUUCUCCAUUCAUUGAACUCUUCCACUGUAUCCUUAAUGCAAGGGAUAAUUGGAGUAAAGAGCUACUUCCCAGAAAUAGGGCUUCAAUACGAGGACUUCUACUCUAAAUUUAGAAAAAAAUUUAGCUCAGAGAACCCUCAUGAACUUAACAAUGAGCCUGGGAUAUUUGCAGCACGUGCUUAUGAUGCUACUCGGACUCUUGCUCUAUCCAUGAUCCAAACAACCAACAAAAAGGAUCAAACGUUAAUGGAUAAGAUUCUACUCAAUAAUUUUAAUGGCUUAAGUGGAAAAAUUCAUUUCACUGACCAAAAGUUAGACCCUUCAGAUACUUUUCAGAUCAUCAAUGUGAUGGGGAAAGAUUAUAAGGAAAUUGGGUUCUGGACAAAUGGACUAGGUUUCUCAAAUACUAUAGGCCAAAAUGCUGCUUUCAAUUCUUCAAUGAAGGAACUUGGACAAGUUUUAUGGCCAGGAAGACCUUGGGGAAUACCAAGAGGAUGGAUUCCAGCAUUGGAUAAACCACUAAGAAUUGGGGUCCCCGUUUUGGCCACAUUGAAACAAUCCGUAACUGUAAUUCACGACCAAACAGAAAAUACCACCACGUUCCAAGGAUUCACCAUUGAUAUUUUUAGAGCAACUAUGGAGUUGCUGCCCUAUCACUUGCCCUACAAAUUCUAUCCUUUCAAUGACACGUACGAUAAUUUGGUGAAGCAAGUUUAUUUGAAGAUGGACUGGAUUUUCUACUAUUGCUAUUGUCGAUUUGUUGUCGUAAUAGAUAAUAGUCGAUCCAUCUUGUGGUUCACCCAUAUCUUUAAAUACAGAGAGGGCGUGAUCUCUCUUCUCCUCUCCCACUUGACAGCCACGGUGCGAGAACGAGACGCGAUGGUGGCCGGCGUCGAAAGUGGAGGGGAGGCGCGAUGGUGGCCGGCGUCGAAAGCGGAGGGGAGGCGCGAUGGUGGAGACGAGUACCGCAGCGGCAAUGAUGGGAGGCUCGCCGAUCUAAGGCGUUUGGCGAGCAGAGAAGAUGGUGCCUUGGAGAUGAUGGGAGGUUCACCGAUCUAA